GCGGUGCGUCCUGACGCAGGAGCGUUUGUCCGCGGAUGCGUCAGGAGGAGCGAGAUGCCUCAGCAUCAGCAUCAGCAUCAGUCUGCGCGCUGAACCACCGCCGGUACCGGGACAUCGCUCAUGCUCUGCCCGCCCCGCAGUGCGGCUGCCCGGGAUUCUGUCUGCGGAGAAGCCGCGGAGCUGAGGAGGAGCAGCGGCAUCUGGAGAAUGCUCUGGGCUUCUUCAGCAGGUCAGUGAAGAUGAGUGUGACAUCAUGGUUCCUGGUGAGCAGCUCAGGAACUCGACAUCGACUCCCCAAAGAGAUGAUCUUUGUGGGACGAGAGGAUUGUGAGCUCAUGCUGCAGUCUCGUAGUGUGGACAAACAACAUGCUGUUAUCAACUACAACUCAACCACUGACCAACACCUGGUCAAAGACCUGGGCAGUCUGAACGGGACGUUUGUCAACGACCUGAGGAUUCCUGAUCAGACUUACAUCACUCUGAAGAUCUCUGACGUCAUCCGCUUUGGAUAUGACUCUCAUAUCUACAUUCUGGAGAAAAGCCAACACAAAGUCCCAGAGGAGGCACUGAAGCAUGAGAAGUACAGCAGUCAGUUACAGAGUGUGAAAGUUUCAGAAGACGAUCGAACGAAACCAGAGAAGAACAUCAAGACACAAGAGGCUCCGAGUUUUGGUCCCACUCCUCUGUACGGUCAGCCGUCGUGGUGGGGAGAGGAGGAUUAUGGGAGUAGAGGUCUGAGCUGUGAUGAAACACAUCCAGAAAUGCACAAAGACAUUUUGUCUGGAGAUCCAGAUUCUGGAUCUCUGUCAGACUCCCAACCAAAGACCGUCUUCGGCUCCUACCAUCGUGAAACGAGCUACUUUGAGAUCCCCACCAAAGACUUCCAACAACUCAGAACCUCGGUGGUGGAGCUUCAUGAAAUCCCCACCAAGGACACGUACAUGCUCCCGCCCUCCCCUCCCACUCCGACUCCACCCGUCGUUCAGAGCCACGCGUCCUUCACCAUCGAGUUUGAUGACUGCACACCUGGAAAGAUCAAGAUCAAAGACCACGUCACUAAGUUCUCCACCCGCCAGAGGAAGCAGCAGGCCCCACCCUGCAGGACGAGCAUCACAGCCGCAACUGCAGAGGUGAUGUCAGCAGAUAGCAAGGUGGCUGACUGGCUGGUCCACAGUGAUGUCAGCAUGAUGAGGAGACGUCCAACAUGUGAAGACGUUUACAGCACCAAGAGUGACCUCGCUGUGAAUAUCAAGACCCUCAAAGGUCAUCACCAUGAGGACGGAACCCAGAGUGACUCAGAAGACCCAGUUCUCAAAGGAAGGAGUAAGUCACACCACUCCAUCCAAUCAGAGCAGUCAGAGGCAUCACAGCCAACCGUCCUGCCCGGUGGGUCUGUCCACCGUCAGUCACCUGUUCCAGCGCAGCAGCUCCACCAGCCGCUGCAGGACUCUCCACCCAGAGUGGCUCCAGCCUCACCUGUGGCCCCAGAGCGCCCCCUUUCCCAGAGCCCCCCUCAAGCUCCUCUAGCUCCAUCGCCCCCUACAGACACAGCCAGGCAGCGUCCCCCCGAGCACCUGACCCAGCAGGCCUUCAUCAUCGAGUUCUUUGAUGACAACCCGCGCAAAAAACGCUCACAGUCCUUCACACACAAUCCCGCCCACUCGGACUCAUACUCUGCCCUGAAGGCAAAGUUGGAGCGCAGGAAAGGCAGUGAGAGGCCGGCAUCUGUGCACGGUCACAUCCCUCCCACCCAGCAGGUGACAGUUCCUCUGAAGACUCAGGGCCAUGGCGGUCCCCAGAGGUCCAGCUCUCUGAAGAGGGAGAAGACAGAGGGGGAGGUGACCUUGUCUACUUCCUCUUCUCCUUCUUCCACGGGAUUUGUCGUCAGACCCUUCGGUAGCGUUGGGAAGAAGUCCAAGCUUGCGCAGGAGUUUGCUGCUGAAUUCCUAAAGGAUUCCAGUCGGCAGGACUUUUCCCCAACAAGGGACAAGAUGUCUCCUCCACCAAUGUCUGCCCCACCGGUGAUGGAGUUGCCUCCACACGCAAGGAUUCCCUCUCCUCAAGAACCUCCAGCACUGUCCUCAGUCUCCUACCCCUCCUACCCCCUGCAGACUCCAGCAGUCUCACAGACCUGUGUCUCACCCAGUGCAGGGCACACCGCUGUCCCAGUGCUGUCCUCUGGACCACAGGUGUCCUUAACACUCUCCCAAACCGGAGACAUUGAAGGCUCACAGAAGACAGUCAGGAACGAAGAGGACGACAGUUUGAGUGACGCUGGGACCUACACCAUCGAGACAGAGUCACAGGACAAGGAGGUGGAGGAAGCUCGCUGCAUGAUUGACCAGGUGUUUGGCGUCCUGGAAUCUCCAGAGUACAGUGGUGUGAACACAGGAGUGUAUAGACCUGUAAUAAAUGGUGGCAAGGAUGAACGAGCUAACCUGCCUACUGAUGGUAGCACUGUGGACCCAUUGCAUGGCUUUAUCCCAGCUGCUCUCAGUGGCGCCCCCUCAGGCCCCAUACAGGUUCCAAUGGCUCCUGUUGCCGGUGUGGAGGGACCAAAGUGGGUUUCACGUUGGGCCAGUCUGGCAGACAGUUAUGCUGAACCUGGUUCUACUCCACCUCAAGGAGAAAGUCUACAAGAUUUGCACUUUCUAAACAGAUCGAUGGGAAGUUACAGCUACGACAAUUCCGAAUCAGAGUCAAGUCACGGGUCCAGAACCAGGCGGCUUCUUCCCCAGGUGCCUCCAGAAAAGCUGGACUCUGUCACACCAAGUGUCCUGAUUUGCCAUGAACCUUACCAAGGACUGGAACCCUUGGACAAAGUGUUUGUUCCUCCCCUUCCACAGGACCCCACCCACCACCUGUCCAUUCAGGAUGAUGUGGACCCAGACAGCCUGAGUGAUGCCAGCCGCUCAGAUGAUGGACACAUUCUAGAAAAGACAAAGUGGAGUCAGGCCAGGUCCGGAGCUGUGUCUCCAGGCCUCCCUGGUCCUCCGUUUAAAAGUCAGGAGAAAGGUUCUCUGUCAACCAAAACCACCUCCUUCUACAUUGGCUCUAAAGACCUUCCAGGUAAACCGGACCAGGUCUGGAGCCCUGUACAGUCUGAAAGGAUACCAGACCCUCCUGCAAAAUCUGCCCCAACCACAGUCCUGAUCCGACAUCUUAGUGGACAUGAACCCAGGAGGACAGGCAUCAAACCUAACAGCUCUGCUCCAAACCUACACACACAAGACAAGGACUCUGUUCCAACUAAAGACAGCUUUGUGCGACAGGAGAGCUUCACCAGAGAGCGGCCCUGUGACACAGUCCAGAUGAAGAAACUCCCUCACAUUUCCAGCCACCCAUCCAUCAGAGACCUGGAGCAGAAGAGGGAGAACAGCCAGGACACACAGUGUUUCCUUCACGAUGCUGAAGGGACAUUGUCUCCGCUGGACAUCAAGUUUCCCUCAACUGGCUCAGGUCAUAGUUCAAAGAAAGGCGGCUCCUCCAGCCACAUGGACGACUCUCUGUCUGGUGAGUCGGAUGUGGACACUGCGAGCACUGUGAGCCAAGUCAGCAGCAAAAAUGCUGCUGUUAGUUCUGCUUCUAAAAAGCGUCCCCCUAUUAGCAGCCUACAGAAGAAGUCUUCUUCUACCCCGUCCGUACAAGAAAAGGGACGGCAGCUCACUGCCCGCGAACGUCUUUCUGAGAAACGCCGAAACCCGUCGUCUGUAGAUGCGCCAAAUAAGGCGGCCACGGUAAAACGCUUCCAGAUUCGCCGCAGUGCGGGGAAUCGUGGCUCUCUAGAUCUGUCUGAGGGCCAGCAGGAUUCUGGUAUGCACUGGACUGAAACUGUAUCAUCUGACCACGAAACAUCACGUUCGUCCAACCGCAGCAAAAAACCCAUUACCCCUCUUCAGAGAGAUGACAACGGUAAAACAUCCAAGACCGUGACUCAGCAGGUUCUGACACGCUCCAACAGCCUGUCAGCACCACGUCCAACCCGAGCGUCCAUGCUGCGACGAGCACGACUCGGUGAGGCCUCAGACAAUGAAGGUGCAGAGACCGACCGGGGAUCCCAGAACUCUGACAGUAUCCCAGUGCCACCCAAAGCUUCAGGCGAGGGGAAGAAGCUGUCCAGGCUGGACAUCUUAGCGAUGCCCAGGAAGAGGACGGGCUCCUUCACGGCUCCCAGUGACAAUGAGACCUCAUCCACAGGCCGCUCCACUCAGUCCACCCGCAACACGGAGCCCACCACCUCCACAAGGAAAACAUCGGUGGGCGAUGUCCGGCAGGCAACAAGCAGAGGGGGCGGAGCUUCAGGAAAGCAACCAGUCACCCAUACCCGAUCCAGUGGAUCCAAGUACUCCAGUUCAGGUUUCCGUCGCAGACAGAAGGACUCGGAGUUCUCCUCGUCGUCUGAGGAAGAUUACGGAGCAGUCAAACGCUCCUCUCAUCCUUCCACCUCCACCCACACUCUCCGCAGCAACCACGUGACUGCAACGCCGUCCAAGUCCAUUUCCCUGGAGACGGAAGAGGACGAAGACCAGAACGAGGCCGAUCCCUACCAGAACUGGUCCACCCACAGUGCAGAGAUCGCCAAACUCAGUCAGGACUUGGCCAAAGAUCUGGCCUUCCUGGCCAAGGAAAUCCACGAUGUAGCCGGGGACGGAGACUCUCUGAGCUCCGGCGUGGGCACAACCACCUCGCCCACUUCACUGCCCAACACGCCGGCCUCCACAAUCUCUGCCAGAGAGGAGCUGGUCCAACAUAUUCCUGAGGCCAGUUUAAACUUCCAGAAGGUUCCUCCAGGUUCUUCUGCCGUUUCCCACCUGGAUGCAAACAUGAAUGAGCCCGAGCCUGGUUCUAAGCAGCAGCAGCAGCAGCAGCAGCAGCAGCAGCAGCGACAGUGGAACCGUGAAGAGGUCAUUCUAGAUAAUCUGAUGUUGAACCCGGUUUCACAACUGUCGCAGUCGAUCCGCGAGAACACGGAGCAGCUGGCCGACAAGAUGAAGGUUCUGUUCCAGAACAAGUCUGAGGUCUGGGAGGAGAUUGAAGCGAAGAUCAACGCUGAGAAUGAAGUUCCCAUCCUAAAAACAUCCAACAAGGAGAUUACUUCCAUUCUGAAAGAACUGAGACGAGUCCAGCGGCAGCUUGAAGUAAUUAACACCAUCGUGGAACCUGGCGAAAACCUCUUGGCUGUAGCUGUCGGGCCGUCGCCGCUCGCUGCUCAGAGUCAACCGUCCUCGAAGGAGAAAAAACACGUCUCCAAAACCCGCGGUGGCUCCGCCUCCUCCAACGCUAACGAUGGCACCAAACGACCGGCUCGCGGGUCCAACGGGCCUCACUACAAGGCCUGAGGAGGGCGCCGCAGGUUGUGACUGUGCAGCUGCUGAUGAGUUCUGGAGACGUACAGCCAGAACUUUUAAUUUGAAAGGGAUUUUGCUGUGUCCUGUUUCAUGUGUUCAUCUCUUAAUUGUGUAUGUGUGAGAUUUUAUGUAUGAAACACACGUGUAUUAGAGAUGAAUCCGACAACAUUGAAAUGAGAUACAGGCUAGUUUGAUUGACAGGACUACGAAGCUCGUUAUCUUUAACACGGCUGACCAAAUCGGAAUCAUCGAGUCUUGGUCUGAACAACUGCUGCAGAUUUGUAUCCACGGAAACUGUCCAACACAAGCAACAGUCGUCCAGCAGGUUCAUCAUAGCCCAUAGUAGUAUUGGUGUGUGUGUGUGUGUGUGUGUGUGUGUUUUCAGAUGUGGGUGGAGCUAAAAAGCUUGUUCUAAUGUCUCUUCACUCCGCAGCCAAUCAGAAUGUAUUUCCUGGUCACAACACAGAGCUGAUUGGCUGAUGCUGUGAUGAUGUCACAUGGCCUCUCACCGCUGUGUUGUUGUGUAGUUGCUAUGGAAACAGAUAAAAAAGUGUCCACGUUCAUUUGUUUUGUUUUGUGAGAAUGUAAACAACAAAAAUGUCAAUAAAUAAAAACAUAAAUGGAAA